AUGAAAGAUGUCUCGUUAAGGAAGAAUUCCACAGCGUAUUUGAGGCAAGGAGAAGCGCCCCAGCUAAAAACACGCAAAAAAGGCGCCCACAUUGUAUCUUUUUUAGCAUUUUCGAGUCAUUAUCCUCGUACACACAAACCCAACCGUAAAUAUUUAAACAGUGAACUGACAAUCAAGAAGAUGUACCACUUAUCCGUAGACAAGUGUGAAUUAGAAAACAAAUCACCUAUUAAACAAAAGUAUUACUACCACGUUUUUAAUACCAAAUUUAAUUUACACUUCAAACCUCCGAGCAAAGAACCUUGCAGAGUAUGCACCAACGCUACAGCUCCUUCAGUAAGCAGCAUCAACAGAAUCCUUCGCAACCGAGCAGCAGAACGCGCUGCUGCCGAGUUUGCCCGAGCGGCUGGUUACGGUCUCUACCACCCCCAUCCCUAUGCCACGGCUGGUUUUCCAUGGCACUCUCCCCUCUGGCCUAAUGGUCCUCUUGGUUUACCUGGCCCUCCAGGAUCGGGGAAUCCCACUGUAAUGUCCGCUUCCCCCGUUUCCUCAGGCUCACCGCAUCCCGACAGCGGGCUUUUAAGUUCGCCACCGGGAACAAAUUUAGAUAAGGAUGAUUCUAGUCUCGAUAGUUCAGAACAACCGAAAUUUAGAAGAAAUCGAACGACUUUUAGUCCAGAUCAGUUAGAAGAACUAGAAAAGGAGUUUGAGAAAAGUCAUUAUCCGUGUGUUUCGACGAGGGAACGACUAGCAUCCAAGACGUCGCUUUCUGAGGCUAGAGUUCAGGUAAUUUUAGUUUAA